AUGCCAGUUGAGUUUGAUACCAGCAAUAGCGGCUGUCGUCAGCAAGAAGGGCUGCCCGUUCCGUCCUAUUUAGGGAGCCGCAACUCGCGGCCCCAGGCCUAUAACGUACCUUUCACGAGUCGUGAUGUGGACGUUUCCAAAAGUCCCUUCGACAAGGUCCAGCUUACCAAGCUGCUCAUAGAUACACUGCACGAGAUAGGGUACACAGAGUCGGCGGUAACGCUGCAAAAAGAGAGCGGGGGCGUCGAGGUGAAGUCCAGUAAUGUGCAGAAGCUUUUUUCUGCGAUCCAGUACGGCCAAUUCGAACUGAUCGAUCUCAAUAUGCUGGUCAGGUUGCCAAUGAAACAUGGCGGUCUCAAGUCGUUUUUGCAGCAGCAUGCACAAGAUUUUUCGCAAACUCGUGCAUCGUCGCAAGAUAGCAACAUGGAGUCCGAAACCACUGUGUGCAACGAGGACAGUGCCAUGAAAAUUGAAAACUUGAUUGCCAAGCGGACAGACUGGCACCGGUUUUUCGAAACCAUGGAAAAAGAUUUGGCGGUUCUGGACCCCCUGGCGCAGAACAUGGCCGAUUGCGACGUCAAAACACUCACGAGCAUGCUGGACACCGUGGAAAUGCUUGUUUUGAUCAACAAACAGGUUUUCUUGGAACUAAUGUUUGACCAACAGGAUUCAUCGCUGGCGGUGUUUUUUCUGCGAACAGUUCUGCGGAAAUAUAUUCAAUUGUGGGAGUCUCUCCUCAUGUAUCAAGAAAGCUCAUAUGCAUUGACUCCUGACACACUGCUCAAGCAGAUGACGAGCAUCUUGACGUGCCCUCUUAACUCAGCAGAACUGUCUGAUGUGUGGUCGGGAAGCCUGGAAAGCUCAAGACAACUGCUCAUCAGGUCCAUCUCAAACUAUAUUGAUCCGAAUAAUUUGGUUCCGCGAGGCAGGCUCCUCACGUUGUUGAGUCAAGCCAUCAAAUACCAAAACUCGCAAGACGUGCUCAACUUCGAGGAUGAGGACGAUACUUUUGUGCAGGAAGGAUCCCGGCACUACAACCUUCUGCAAGACAAUAGUUGCAGUUCUCAGCGGAUCUCUUUUGCACCUGAAAAACUGCUGGCGCAAAACGCUGAUGAAAUAUGGUACCUCGAGUUCUCUCCAGACGGGAGAUACUUGGCAAGUGCCUCCGCAGAUUCUUCAACCGACCGCAAAGUUUUGAUCUACGAUGUGGAAAGAGAUUUUCAAGUUUACAAAGUACUGGCCGGAAACGACCAAUGUGUUCUGUACCUAUCUUUUUCCCCUGACAGUAAGUACUUGGUUUCAUGUCCCUUCAAUGAAGAUGCGAAAAUCUAUGACAUACACAAAGAGGGUGAGCCCACGGAUCUGAACCAAGAGUAUGAAGGUGCUUUCGUGGCAGAAAUUAUACAACCAGAAGACUCUUUUAAGAUAUACGAGAAUGAAGGCACAUCAUCUGUGAGCUCCCCUAGAAUUUGGUGCUGUAGCUGGUUUCAUACCGAGCGCAACAGAGGUCGUUUUGCCCUAGGUUCUCCUGAUAGAGAUGUUAUAAUUUAUGAUAUUGGUGCCAAAUCCGUCCUCUGCAAACUGUCCCAAGUUUUGAGCUUGAAUGCCAGCUUAUCUCAAGAGCCAUUUUCUAGAGUGCAUGACCUGAAGAUUACUUGCAAUGACAAGUACUUGAUACUUAUGGCGCAUGAAUUUUAUGUUGAUACCUAUGAUAUUUCACAGCUUCCACCAGUGCAAAAUGGAGAUAGAAUUACCGAAUCCAAUAUCGAAACUAUAGGAUUCCAUGUCUCGAAAGUAUCACGUCUGAGCGUGGGUAAACGUAUGACUUGUCUGACUAUUCCUCAAAUAAAGGAUCACGCAAGGGAUGAAAACUCUCUGAUUCUGAUUAACGUCCAACCGCAUGAACUACAGCUGUGGGAUUUCAAGGAACAGAUUCUUGUGCAAAAAUACUACGGCCAGAGGCAGCUGCAGUUCAUUAUAAGGUCUUGUUUUGGAUAUGACAAUAAACUGGUGGCCAGUGGCUCUGAAGAUGGGAAAAUUUACAUUUGGGACAGAUUUCAUGGAAAUAUUGUAAGUGUUAUAAACGGUCACGACGCCGAAAGACCCACCACACGGAUUUCAAAUAAGACAUUCGGGAGAAACUGCAACAUCGUUGUAUGGAACCCUACAAACAAAAACAUUUUUGCAUCUGGAGGAGAUGAUGGCCUUGUUAAAAUAUGGAAAGUUGUUAGAGGUCAGUUAUAG